UCUAGCUGUGCCUCGAUAGCUUCCUCCUCUUUAAGCAUUUGGCGCCUACUCCGUACUGUAGUUACCGGGCCUCACUAUUCCCCAAUUUGGGUACCUCCGUCUAGCUGUUUAUUGUCACACGCCAGGCUUUGCCUCCAGUCGAAACUCUGCUUGCCGACCUCGGGCACCUUGCUGAAAACAGUCAUUCCUUGAGAAGUAGUCAACAGAUCGUUUCUCGGCCGAUCGACAAUAGCUCUUUGGAAGUUUCUUGACUUUCUCUUGUCUUCCAAAACAACAACCCAACCUUCUUCACUUGUUCCAUAGCGCGUGAAAUCCUGUACCAUCUACAAACAUGAAGUCUUUCAACUUGAUUGCGGCAGUUGCCGUUGCAUUGAUUGCUCCCGCAUUCUCUCAAGAUAUCACAAGCUUGCCUCAGUGUGCUCAACAACCUAUCUUGGAGGCUAUCAGUGCCUCUGGAUGCCCAUUGACCGACAUCGCUUGUAUCUGUGCAAAUGAUGGCUUCGUCAAUGGUCUCGUGGAGUUGAUUCCAACACUCUGCACACCCGCAGAAGUUGGUGAGGUCAUCGAAUUUGCUGAGAGUUUCUGUCUCGCCUACGAUGUUACCCUGACUCUUCCGGACGGACUGACCGACACUCCAUCCACCGCCUCGACUGCGGAUGCUACAACAGACAGCGUUCCUGCUACAGCGAGCGCAACCACCACUGAAGCAACGUCUGCUUCGGAGACUGCUGCCGCAACUACCAGCGCCACUGUUGCUGAUACUGCCAGCGAGACUGCCAGCGAAACCGCCAGCGAAACCGCCAGCGAGACCGCCAGCGAGACCGCCAGCGAGACUGCGAGUGCCACAGCUGCCGAAUCCUCCGAAACCAACGCAGCUGCUCACCCCAACGUCGUUGGCCUGCAGGCCCUUCUGGGAGCUGCCGCGUUGGGCGUAGCUGCUGUUCUCUAGAUGAAUGAUAUGGACCGUUGAGGCUGGUAAUUGUUCGAGACGUACAUCCAUAGAAAGAUGCAGACAUGUCUAGGUUUUCGACCUCAUGGUUCGAUUUCAAUUCUUUUGCCAUAGAAGCAAUGACCCGGAACUUCUGACUUCUGGUCUUCAAGUACCUAAAAAAUGGCAAUGUAAUAUUCUGACACA